AUGGAAAUCAAAGAAUUAAAAGAAAAGAUACAGGAAUUAAUAAAGAAAAAUGACAAGGAUUAUAAAGAAGUAAUUAAGCGACGUUGGGAUUUUCUAUAUAAAAAACUAGAUGAAGUUAAAGAAAUAGAAACUUUGGAACAUCUAAAAAAGCAGGCGGGGGAUAAAUUCUUAAAAGCCUAUUUACUUUAUAAAAGUAUUAGCCGAGCAAAUUACCAGCCCGAACAUUUAAAUUUAACUAAUUUCAAGAAUGUUGAUAAAUAUUUAGAAGCCAUUGAUAAAGAUGUUGAACUAGUAAAGCAAGAAUUCGAAGAGAAAGAAUUGCGACAGGAGAAAUUAAAAGAGAUUGAGGAAAAGACCAAUAUGAAGAAGGAGGGGCAUUUACUCUCUGAAUUGGUGAGGGUGAAAAUGGAAAAUUACCAGAUAAAACCAAAGCAACUUUAA